AUGUCUCAUCUUGAAAUUGAGAGAGCUAGAACGUUGAGAGAGAGAGAACAGAAAGAGAGAGAGUUAAAAGAAAGUGAGGAAGUCUCAAAUGAAGAGAGUUCUACUACAGUUAGAGGUACCUUGUUCCCUGAGAAAAGAAGUUCAGUUUCGUUAAAAUAUCCUAUGCUGACAAAGAGUAAUUACGCAGCAUGGGCUACAAAGAUGGAGGUCUUUAUGAUGGCUCAAGGAGUGUGGGACGCAGUUGAGUCACCUGGCCCAAUUGAUAGUCACAGAGACAAAAUGGCAUUGGCUGCCAUUUACCAAGGUCUAGGGGAAGAUACCUUUCUUCAAUUGGGUGCGAAGAAAACCGCAAAGGAAGCAUGGACUAUGCUGAGAACAAUGAACCUAGGGGCAGACAAGGUUAAAGAAGUGAGAACUCAGUCAUUGUGGAGUGAGUUCGUCGCAUUGAGAAUGAGCGACUCUGAGAAUGUUGAUGAUUUCUCAGGGAAACCCACGAUUAUUGUCAAUAAGCUGAGAAGCCUUGGCAACACUGUGGAGGAAGUAAAAGUGGUGAAGAAACUGUUGAGAUCAGUUUCACCAAAGUUUCUACAGAUCGUAGCCACAAUUGAAGAAUUCAGUGACCUAACCACCAAAUCAGUUGAGGAGGUGAUAGGUUCACUCAAAGCUCAUGAAGAAAGAUUGCUUAGCUGUGGUGGGAGAUCUGAUGAAACAGUUCUUCUUACAAGAGCUGAGUGGAAAGCUAGGGAGGAGGCUAAAAAGAACAAGACUGCUGAUACAAGAGGUGGUAGAGGCAGAGGACGUGGAGGACGCGGUCAUGGCAAAGUAAGACACAGUGGUGAGUCAAGCCGAGGCGGUGAUGAUGAAUCGAAAUCGCAAAAGAAGAAAUUCGACAAAUCAAAAAUCAAAUGUUACAGUUGUGGAAAAAUGGGACACUUCGCAUCAGAAUGCUCAUCGAAGGAGAGAGAGGAGUAA